AUGUUAUUGCAGCGCCCAGGGCUCGUUGGCAUGAGACGCUUCCGCAGCCUUUGCGAGUCUCAAAGAAGCCGCAGAGGGAACAAAUGGGGAUGGCCACAAGGAUUCUUUAUUAGGAUCCGCCUCACAAUGCUGCAUGUCUGCCAGCUUUCGGGCCAGCUCCUGGCCACGAUGGCCCAAGAUGAGAUCCAGAGCGUGCAGGCCUUGCGACGAAGUCUUCAGGCCAAGUGCGGCGUGCCGCGGUUCAGGCAGAAGCUUCUAAGGGAGGAUGGCACCGCACUGGAGGACGGGGACAGUUUGCAGGCGACCUACUUGACCUACUUGCAGCUUGUAGUGCUACCACUUCCCAGGGAGGCAUCUCCAGAGGACGCGGAGGAUCUGGCGAAGGCGGCAGAGGAUGGAUCCCUGCGUCAGCUGGAGGACAUGCUCCGGAAGCCCUUAGAUCCAGAUCUCAUGUUUGCUGGCAAGACGUCCCUGAGCCUCGCAGCAUGCAAAGGGCACCUGGAUGUGGCGCGCUUGCUUCUGGAGGCGGGAGCGGACAAGGACAAAGUGACAGACGGCGGAUGGAUCCGCACCACUGCCCUUGGCCUUGCAGCCGGCGAAGGCCACGUGGACGUGGUAUGUUUGCUGCUGCAGGCCAGGGCGGACUGCAACAAAGUUGAGGUCACCACCAGUGUAGUCACAAGUGCAACACCUCUUGGUCUGGCUUCGAUGAAGGGCCACAUGAAGAUCAUCCACCUGCUCUUGGACGCUGGUGCUGACAAGGAAGUGGUGUCGAAGGUGCGGCAAACACAUGCAACGCCCCUGGGUCUCGCCGCCAGUACCGGUCAGUUGGAAGUUGUCCAUCUGCUACUCGAAUCACUCGAAGGGCAAGCGAGUCAAGCAGAUCAGGAUGGUGGUGAAGGCGAGGCACCCCUUGCCUUGGCUGCGGGUAAGGGCCAUGGAAGCAUCGUGCGCCGGUUGCUGGAGGCCAAAGCCGACAAGGACAAAGGAUCCAACGGCGACUGGUUCCGUGCGACAGCCUUGGGCUUCGCGUCCGCCGAGGGGCACCUGGACAUCAUGCGCCUGCUGAUAGAGGCACAGGCCGACAAGGACAAGGUCGAACUUUCUGAACAACCUGGGCAGAAAUCAAAGAGAUCCGCAACCCCUUUGGCCCUGGCGGCCUUUGAAGGCCGCAUGGACGUUCUUCAAUUGCUGCUAAAUGCUGGUGCGGACAAGAAUGUGGCUUCCAGGGUUGGUCGCAGUGAGGCAAGCCCCUUGGGCUUUGCAUGCGUCCGAGGCCAGCUAUCAAUCGUGCAGUUACUCCUAGACCUCGGGGCCGAGAAGGAUGGAGUCCAGGGAGCAGCACCUCUAGUGUUGGCAUCGGGUCGCGGCCAUGUGGCAAUUGUCAAUUUGCUUCUGACCGCCAAUGUCAAGCUGGAGCAGACUGCCAGCGUAGGGGGUGUGAAGAUGACAGCCUUGGGCUAUGCUGCCCAAGAAGGCCAUCAAGAAGCACUUCGACAGCUGCUUGCGGCCGGCUGCAACGUGGAUGGAGAGAACGGGGGCUGUGCACCGCUCAGCUUGGCAUCCGGCGCGGACAACACGGCCAUCGUGCAGCUUCUCUUAGAGGCAAAGGCAGACAAGGACAAGCUUUCCUACUAUGGCACCUCGUAUGUCACACCGCUUGGCGCGGCAGCUCUCCAUGGGCAGCUGGCCACCGUGCGCUUGCUGCUGGGGGCUGGGGCAGACAAAGAUGGUAGAAACGGUCGAGCUCCCCUGACUUUGGCAGCCAGCAGGGACCACAUGCAUGUUGUCCGCACGCUGCUGGAUGCCAAUGCCGACAAGGACAAGAUUUCUGACAUUGCCGACGGUCUUCAGUUGACGCCUCUUGCCUCGGCAUGCCAUCAUGGCCAUACGCAAGUCGCACGCUUGCUGCUAGAGGUGGGUGCCGACAAGGAUGGAACAGGCGGUGCGGCACCUUUGGCUUUGGCUUCCAGCGGUGGCCAUGUGCACAUCGUAAGCCUCUUGUUGCAGGAAGGCGCCGACAAGAACAAUGUCGUCUCGAGCGGCAAGUGGCACCACACCACAGCUCUUGGCUUUGCAUCCAUGGCAGGCCACACGAAAGUUGCCCAGCUGCUCUUGGAGAGCGGUGUCACUGUCGACGGAGAUGGGACAUGGACAUCACCACUGGCCGGGGCAGCUUUUAAGGGCCAUUUGGACAUGGUCCGGAUGCUGCUGGAGGCAGGGCAGAGAAGGAUCAGAUCACGCGUCUCGGAGGCUUCCUCACAACGCCUCUUGGCUUGGCAUCCCAGGGUGGCCACGAAGACGUUGUUCGCUUCUUGCUGGCCGACCGGGCUGAUGUGA